AUGAAGGGCAUUCGCGUCCGUCAAACGGGCGACUCUUCGGUGCUACGACAGGAAACCGAUUUGGCAAUUCCAGCCAUCGGCGACCGGGACGUGUUGGUCAAAGUCGAAUACGCGGGAGUCAACUUCAUCGAUAUAUACCAGCGAGCGGGUGUAUACCCCAUGCCGCUUCCCUUCACAGCCGGUCGCGAAGGAUCCGGCACCGUCGUCGGCGUCGGCCCCCAUGUCCGCCCGACCACGGACUUCAACGUUGGCGAUCGCGUGGCGGUUUUCACGCAGGGAACCAUGGCGGAAUACGUUUCCGCCGCGGCAUCGGGCGUCGCGAAACUGCCCCCCUCGGUAUCGACGCAGUCCGGCGCGGCAAUCACGCUGCAGGGCCUGACGGCGUGGACAAUGGUCCGCGACGCGCAUCGGGUGGAAGCCGGACAGGUCGUUCUUGUGCAGGCGGCAGCGGGAGGCACAGGCGGACUCCUUGUGCAAAUGUGCAAGCAUCUCGGUGCCACGGUAAUCGGGACGGUGUCUACGCAGCAGAAGGCGCAGGUGGCGAGAAAACAUGGCUGUGACCACGUCAUUCUCUACAAAGAUGUCAACGUCGAGAGGGAAGUUGAUCAUUUGACGGAUGGGGAGGGCUGCCAUGCCGUGCUGAGUGGCGUGGGCGCUGCUACCUUUGAGGCCGAUUUGGCUUGCACACGGCGCAAAGGCACGCUGGUGUCGUAUGGGAAUAGUAGUGGUGUUGUGUCGUCUUUUGGUAUUCUGGCGCUGAGCAAGAGGAAUGUGAAGCUUGUGAGGCCGACUCUGGCCAAUUACAUUACAGAAAGAGAGGAGUUUGAAGAAAGAUGGCAAGAGUUGUCGGGACUUGUAAGCUCGGGUGCUGUCAAGAUAGAGCUGGGAGGCAUGUACACGUUGGACACGCUCGGGAGGGCGCAGGAUGACCUUGCUUCACAACUGACGACGGGGAAACUUCUUGUAAAGAUUGACUAG